CCUAAAGUAUUUUGCAAAGCGAAAUUAAAUCCCAAGUAAACAGUUUAUAAACCCGAAAACCGACUUUUUGGUAAUGUCUGUAAGAAAAAUCCUGCAAAAGGAUUCGAAAAAUGUUGUGGAUCGCAGCAGGCUUAAAUAAGCGAACUUUGUCAACGGUGCGUUAAUCCCCGCCAGGUGUUUGGCCAUAAAAGAGCAACUAGUUUGGACCCGUAAAUCGGGCAGAGGAGCAGCCCUAAUUAAAGUGCAGUCUGAGGAAGAGGAAUUGCAGCUGUCAGAGAGAAUCGAGCCAUCAGAUCAGCAACAACAUGGGCAACGUUAUGGAUCGCAAGGUGUCCUGUUCGGAGGCACGUGCCACCACGAAUGCCACGCCCACUCCUUGCCUGACUCCCAAGGAGAAGGAGCAGGAACCAAGCAUUAAACCAGAAGUGGAGCAGCCACAGCAGGAGAUUGUUCCCAACUUGACCUUCCGACUGUUCAGCUAUCGCCAGCAAAUUGGCUCCAAGAAGCACCAGCUGAUGAAGUGGGCCACCUCGAAGCUUGUGCUUACCGAGGAGCUGAUAAAGCUGCAGAGGCAACAUGUUGGGGAUCCCAAGGCAUCCUGGACCGACUACGACUCCUUGGUAUCCGACGAGGAGGACGAGGAGAACCGAGCACCGGCUGAGGACAAUCCCCUGUUCCAGGAGCUGAGCAAUCUGCGGAACUAUCGCCUGGAACUCAGGGGCACCAUUCUGGAGUUUGCCCAGGAGAAGAUGAAGAAGCGCGAGAAGAAGAAGGUGAAGCGCCUGAAGAGACGCACUCUGAUAUCCUCGAAGAAACCCAGCAACAAGAACAAGCAGAAGUACUGGCAUCCCCAGCCAGAGGAUCCCGAUCCCCAGGAUCAAGCGGAGGUUAUUGUCAUUGAUUAGCUUAAUAUAUUUUUAGUUACUGAAUCCUAGUUAAUUUAGUCGUUACCCUCGUUCUAAUUGUACAUACACUCGUAUAUUUCAUAGUCUGUUUUUAAACGCAUUAAAUAAAGUAGCCACUUUAAUAAACAAUCCACUGCAUUCCUGUUUGACCAACUGACUUUUGUCGGGUCUCUGGCCCAAAUCAAAGUUCAAUGCGCCCUCUGCGGAAAGGAUAUCGUGUAUCCCGUAUCCUGUAUCCUGAAUCCGUUCCCAGGAUGCAUAAUUAAACUGUCGCGUAAUUGAUUGCGACUCCCGUUGCUGUCAUUGCUCCUGUUUCUCCUCGCUAAAAAAAUCUUCAAUUUAAAAGGAAGUGAAAUGUAGUAACAUUUGCCAUCCUUUUCCGCAAAAAAUUUUUCUAAAA